CCCUCAGACAGAAUCUCAGACCACAGGACCACCAAACAUGGAAGCAACCACUGCGGUCGCCUCAGUCAAAGACAUGGAAGGAGGUUCUCGUCACAUCCCUCAGACAGAAUCUCAGACCACAGCACCACCAAACAUGGAAGCAACCACAAUGGUUGCCUCAGUCACAGACAUGGGAGGAGGUUCUCGUCACAUCCCUCAGAGAGAAUCUCAGACCACAGGACCACCAAACAUGGAAGCAACCACAGUGGUCGCCUCAGUCACAGACAUGGGAGGAGGUUCUCGUCACAUCCCUCAGACAGAAUCUCAGACCACAGGACCACCAAACAAGGAAGCAACCACAGUGGUCGCUUCAGUCACAGACAUGGGAGGAGGUUCCCGUCACAUCGCUCAGACAGAAUCUCAGACCACAGGACCACCAAACAUGGAAGCAACCACAGUGGUUGCCUCAGUCACAGACAUGGGAGGAGUCUCUCGUCUCAUCCCUCAGACAGAAUCUCAGACCACAGGACAACCAAACAUGGAAGCAACCACAGUGGUCACUUCAGUCACAGAUAUGGGAGGAGGUUCUCGUCACAUCCUUCAAACAGAAUCUCAGACCACAGGACCACCAAACAUGGAAGCAACCACAGUGGUCGCCUCAGUCACAGAUAUGGGAGGAGGCUCUCGUCACAUCCCUCAGACAGAAUCUCAGACCACAGGACAACCAAACACGGAAGCAACCACAGUGGUCACUUCAGUCACAGAUAUGGGAGGAGGCUCUCGUCACAUCCCUCAGACAGAAUCUCAGACCACAGGACCACCAAACAUGGAAGCAACCACAGUGGUAGCCUCAGUCACAGACAUGGGAGGAGGUUCUCGUCAAAUCCCUCGGACAGAAUCUCAGACCACAGGACCAUCAAACAUUGAAGCAACCACAGUGGUCGCCUCAGUCACAAGAUCAGGAGAAUUAGGUCACGUCCCCCAGCCUGGACGUACCACAUCAUUGACGUACUAUGCAGCUCGAGGUGAAAAUGUCACCCUUGAAUGUCAUUUCACUGUUCCUCCUGAGGAUUUGGAUCAGUUGACGAUUGAAUGGCUCUUUAGGCCGGGAUCGGGACAAAUUGUCCCAAUCUCAUUUUUUGGAGAUACAAAAUAUCACAAAAAUGGCACCCAGGACAGGGUUCGUUUUUCCUCUCCAAAUCCCCAGGAUGGUGACGCUUCAUUGACGUUAGAUGACCUUGAGCUUACAGACACAGGCACUUACCAAUGUACGAUCAAAGCAAUGACUCAAAUCCAAAGCAAGAAAUUUGUGCUGAAGGUUAUGGAGAAGCUACCUACACCAGUAUGUGGACUCUACAGUGAUGUCGAAGAGGGCAAAGAACUGAUUUUGACAUGCAGGAUCUCUCCAGACAUCCUACCCCGAAGGUUCAGAUGGGAAAGAAUGACUGGAAAUAGAAGGCUUCCUCAACCUGCAUUUUUCUAUGGACUUCAAGGUGACCUGUAUAUUAAAGAAGUAAAGACAACUGACUUUGGAACCUACCGCUGCACUACUCAGAACCCUGUAAGUGAAGAGAAAUACUGUGAAGUAAUUCUGACAACAGCAGUUCUUACUCCCAUCGCUGUCAGAGAAAGAGGACUAGAACCACACGUCAUCACCCUGCCAGCACCAAACAGUGCAACAUCUGUAGUGAUAGCAGUAGCAGUGGUUACUUCAGCCAUGGUCAUCAUUGUCAUCAUCAUCACAGUCGUCAUCUUUGAAUACUGCAAAAGGAAACCUCAUUGUGAAGUGACAGACGAACGUCCUUCGCGUCAAGAGAAGUGCAUUGCAGAUGCCGCGCCAAAGGGUGACCCUGAAUACAUCAGUCUAUACAAGAUGGGCCGAAAAAAGACAAUAACCUGUGAAGGAGACAACCAAGGAAUUGUAAUUUCUGAAGAGUGGUAUGUCUAGUGUUUAUCAGAUCAUAUAAAGGUCGCAGCGGUUGCUUUGGAAACUCUGGUGAUGUUUUAUUACAAAUAUCAUAAUUGUGUUUUUCAGUCACAUUUGUUAGGAUUAGGGUUGUGAAAGUGAUCUAGAUCUUCAGUUCACCUUUGUAGAAAGAGGAGUUUAUUUAAAGCAGAAUUUUCUAGUCUCAGUGUUUUCUGUAACAAUAAUGGAACAAUACUUAAGAAUCAACAUAACAACAGUACGUAGUGUAAUGUUAGCAUGUGGAGUAAUGAACAUGGUUCACUAGUAUAAUGUCAUGUCAUAAAGAUGGCUUAGAUGCAGAAGGGUCAUUCAAAAUCACUAAUUGUUCAUUUGUUCAUUUUUAUUUGCUGUUUUCUUUGUAAAUAAAUGUAUUGAUUCAAUAGCAGAAGUGAAUAUUUGGGCCAAAGUGAAAAUAAAACAAUU